GAGGAAACCACAAGUGUGAAUGCUGGAGGUGGGAUGGGUUAUCUGUGAUGUCAGAGAGGGACAUAUUAGGUGUGGGGUUUGAUCUGAGUCCAAAAAACGGUUGUGGAGGUGAAAGUGACACAGUCAUCCUCGGAGCCUUCAUCCACCUGCUCCUGCAGCUCAAAUACUCAGAGGUCAUGGAGUCCAUCGGCGUGGUGGAACACAUCUACCUGCUGGUUAUCAUCACAGUCAUGAGUGUACUUCAGAAUGUGUUCUUCGCCCAGAAGAUAGAGAAAGAAUGUACGUCUCAUAACCCGCAUGCGUCUGCUAUUGAACGAGUGUCUUGUGCAAGUCGUAACUGCAUGGAUGCUUAUCCUACUUUCCUGGCAGCGAUGUGGUGUGCUGGUGUGUGUCUCAAUCAAGCUCCAGCCGCCUUCGCAGGGUUCAUGUACCUUGUUGUCAGGCAGAAGUACUUUGUCGGGUACAUGGGACAAAACUCUCAAAGCACCCCAGGCUUCCUGUUUGGAAAGCGCAUCCUCUCCUUCCUGUUGUUGAUGUCGGUUGUCGGCGUCUUCAACUACCUGCUGCUGCGUUUCUACGGCAGCGACUACAAGGAAUACGUGGAGACCAUCACCAACGCUGCUUCUGCGCUUCUCCUCAUCCCUUAGUCCAGUGUGGGUUAAAUCAUGGAAAUUCAUAAUGUCUGAUUACAUUUGCUAAACUGAUGAUUUCUGAUUUU